UCUUAGCGCCAUAGUCCGGAGAACGGUGAAAUGUUGAAUCUGCACCGAACCCUCAUAGUACCGCUAAAUCCCAUUUCUCCCACCCUCAGUCACUUCGCCACUCUUCCGCCGCCGUCACAGCUACCACCGGACCCCGUCGUAAUCUCCAACCUCAUACUUCAAUCCAGCCCAGAAUCAUUAUCAGAUACCCUUCACACCCUCACGCAAUGGACACCGGACCUCGUCCAAGCUGUACUAAAGCGUCUAUGGAACCACGGCCCGAAAGCUCUCCAAUUUUUCAACCUCCUCGAUCACCACCGUUCAUAUACUCACUCUGCCACAGCCUUCGAUCACGCCAUUGACAUCGCUGCUCGGAUGCGCGAUUACAAGACCCAGUGGAAACUUGUGGCCCGAAUGCAAUCUCGGCGGCUCGGCCCGAACCCGAAGACAUUCGCUAUCAUCACUGAGAGGUAUGUCUCCGCUGGGAAAGCUGAUAAAGCUGUGAAUGUUUUCCUGUCUAUGCAUAAACAUGGUUGCCCUCAAGAUUUGAAUUCUUUCAAUGCAUUUCUCGACGUGCUUUGCAAAUCAAAACGGGCCGAGAUGGCUCUUAAGUUGUUCAAGAUGUUCAGGAGCAGGUUUAAAGCUGAUACAAUUAGUUAUAAUACACUUGCGAAUGGGUUUUGUUUAGUUAAGAGGACACCCAAAGCACAAGAAAUUUUGAAAGAAAUGGUGGAGAGAGGUCUGAAUCCAACCAUAACUACAUAUAAUAUAAUGCUUAAUGGGUUCUUUAGAGCAGGGCAGAUUAAGGAAGCUUGGGAAUUCUUUUUGCAGAUGAAGAAGAGGAAAUGUGAUAUUGAUGUUGUGACUUACACUACUAUAGUUCACGGGUUUGGUGUUGCGGGUGAGGUUGAGAAGGCUCAAAAGUUGUUCAAUGAAAUGGUGGGGGCUGGUAUACUUCCCUCUGUUGCAACUUAUAAUGCUCUGAUACAAGUUAUGUGUAAGAAAGAUAGUGUGGAAAAUGCUAUUUUAAUUUUCAAUGAGAUGUUGAGGAAAGGUUAUUUGCCGAAUGCCACAACUUAUAAUGCCAUUAUAAGGGGAUUGUGCCAUGUCAGAAAAAUGGACAAUGCUAUGGAGUAUAUGGAUAAGAUGAACGAGGAUGGGUGCGAACCAAAUGUUCAGACUUAUAAUGUUGUCAUCCGAUACUAUUGUGAUGAAGGGGAAAUUGAGAAGAGCCUGAGGGUGUUUGAGAGGAUGAGUACCGGGGAUUGUUUACCUAAUUUGGAUACAUACAAUAUCUUGAUAAGUGCAAUGUUUGUGAGGAAAAAAUCAGAUGAUUUAUUAGUGGCUGGGAAAUUAUUGACAGAAAUGGUUGACAGAGGGUUUCUUCCUCGAAAAUUUACCUUCAACCGGGUCCUAAAUGGUCUUUUGCUAACUGGUAAUCAAGAUUUUGCGAAGGAGAUUUUGGGGUUGGUAAGCAAAUCUGGCCGCCUCCCCUGUCAUUUUAAAUUGUGAGCACAACAGCAUAGGUAUGAUACCAAACUAAGUGCCUUUUUGAAGCCUAAUGAAACAGUAAAUCUCUAAAUCUGAGAUGGGUUUGUCACAUGCCAUGGACGGGCAUGAUGAAUGUGAAGAGUUUGAGAUGAAAAUGACUUAAAAAGCAUGCCAUUAUCUUAAUGCAGCAGCUCACGAGCAUGUUUGUUGCGUCUCGUGAAAUUCAAUCUUGGAGUGUGGUAAUAUGUGGAUAAGUAUGAUGAAUGUGAAG